UUGAAUCAGUGCACGUGUUGCAUUAAACUAGUGGUAGCCAUAGCAACCGCGCCCGCAUUUCCUGGCAUCUCAGCUACUGUAGACAACUAAACUAAAAGUUACAAAAAUGAAAGGACAAACCGGCCAAAGACGCAACAAACCAGCAUUUUUCCCUUGGAAAACACCUGCUGAGCCUUUGAUGCCGGCAGGAAGAGCGGCUGAAGGGAAGAGGUCAGGCUUCAUUGUGUAUCACAACAGUUUGGCCAAAACCCUGUGGGACGUGCUGAUCCUACUGGCCACCGUCUACGUGGGCGUGUGUGUGCCGUACAACAUCAGCUUCAGCACACACCACACCCUCGUCAGUGACAUCGUUGUAGAAGUGCUCUUUAUCAUAGAUAUCAUCUUAAAUUUUUGUACUUCUUACGAGGGGAAGUCCGGGCAAGUGGUUUAUGAGGCGCGCGCAGUCGCCAGAAAAUACAUCAGAACCUGGUUCUUUGUGGACCUGCUGGCUGCCGUGCCCUAUGACUUCUUCUAUUUCUUUCAUAUCUCAAUGACCGAUUUCAUCCACCUGGUGAAAAUAGUCCGGCUGCUGCGCCUCCUGCGGUUCUUUCGGAAGAGUUAUUUACACAAUUCCGCCAUAGUUCUCGUCAUACUCAUGUCUGGGUUCGCCCUGUUGGCUCACUGGAUAGCCUGCGUCUGGGUGGUGAUUGGGCUCAGUGAACUGCAGUCGGAGGAGAGCUGGAGCAUCUGUUGGCUUCAACAGCUGGGAAAACAUCUGGACACACCUUAUGUCAACAGCACAACAGGUGGCCCAUCCCAAUACAGCAUGUACAUCACUGCGCUGUACUUUAGCCUCAGCAGCCUGACCAGCGUGGGCUUUGGAAAUGUCUCUGCCAACACCGACGCCGAGAAGCUCUUCUCCAUCUGCACCAUGUUUAUUGGCGCCUUGGUGUUCAGCACGAUCUUUGGCAGCGUCACAGCCAUCCUAAUGCGUACAUUUUCGCAUCCUUCAUCCAACACUGCACAUGUGAUCAAGCAGGAGUCCAGGCGUGUCCAGCCUUCGCCCUCUGAACGUACGGCGACGUGCCAGCAGGGGACAGACGAUCGACCGUGGGACAGAAAACCAGCUUCCAGAGGUAAUGAAAGACCAAAAAGGAGUCAAGCCGGAGGUAAUCUGAACAAAAGCUGGUGUUGAUCCACAAAUGUUUUAGUGUUUACUUUUACCUUUUUCUUUUCUAAACUGUAUUUGAAAGUAUUUUUACUUACUAUUUUAAAUUGUUAAAUGAAUAAACUAAUCUGAAACAGAAUCUUGUACACUGCUUGAA